AGGGAAAGAGAAAGGUUAGAGGAGAAAGCAAGGGCGGUGGGGAGAAGUCGUCUUUAUCUAUCGGAGCUCAACAGCGAGUAGUAAUGGGGAAGCCAUCCCUCCUCCCCCUGUCGCUCUAUAAAGGCGUCUCCUUUUCGCUUGUGUUCGUUUCAUUUCUUUGUUCCGAUUCCUAUCGUGGUGUUUGAUUCGUGGAGCGAGUCGCUGGGGUGUUGCGUUUCCGUUUCCUUCUCCUGCACGGGGUGACUCCGCUUGGCAGAAUUUGAUGCAAAGGUGCUUUCUUUCUGCGGCCUUGGCGUCCUUGAUUCGGCGUUUUCAGCUGCCGGGAGGCGAGGGUUAACGGUGCGGGGAGAUGGCGCGGCGAUUUGAGGGGGAAGGUUCGGGUCCGGGGAUCCCUAGACGCCCGUAUGAUGAUCCUCAACAAACCGGCGAUGCCGUUGCAGAUAACGCCCUAUUCGAUGCCUCACGAUAUGCAUUCUUUGGAAAGGAAGACGCUGAGUUGGGGUGUUUGGAAGACGAUGAAGGUCAUAAUGCUAGUUUUAUUAGGAUCGAUGAUGAGUACCACUUCCCUAUUAUUAAAGACAGAGAGGAAGUUGGUCAUUCCGGAGUACAAGAUGUAAAUGAGGUUGUAGGGUUAGGCUAUUUAUCUGAUGGUGAUGACCUUGCAAGCACUUUUGCAAAGUUAAACAGAGUGGUUAGUGGUCCAAGGAGUGCUGGAGUUAUCGGUGAUAGAGGAUCUUUUUCUAGAGAAAGUUCUUCAACUGCAGACUGGACACAGGAUGAAGAUUAUUUAAACUGGAUUGAUCAGCAAAUAUUAGAUGCUGAAAAUAUUCAGGAGGGCAAGAGAUGGUGGUCACAACCACGUCCCUCAUCGUCUCAACAUUCUUUAUCAAAACCAUUGUACAGAGCUUCGUCAUACCCACAACAGCCACAUUAUCAACAACCGUUUCAGCAGCAGCAGCAGCAGGGGAGGCAGCAAUACAGUCAGGACUCAAUCCUUUCAUCCAGCUCAAUUUUCACUUCCUACGAUUCACAUGGUGGACCAUCUCAGUCACCAUCAAAUCUUACACGGCAUUUAAGCAUUCCCUCUCUUGAUACUGGGUUCCAGUUACCUGGUCUAACUCUGGCCCCCUAUUCUGAUCCUCAGCAACAUUCAGGAAGAUUGGGUCAUUCAUCGCACUAUGGUCAUGACGUAGCCCACAACAUAGUUCCUAGUCCUACUACUAGCGGUUGGACAAGGGACUAUUUGCUGAACCAUACUGGUCUAUUUUCUAGUGGCAAUGUGUCACCUAACAGGCUUCAGCAACAAUUGUCUCUGCCAAGCAAUUUGAUAGCUUCACAAAUAUUAACACAGCAUCAACAGCAUAGAUUGCCACAGUUCCAACCAUCUCAUCUCCGUUUCUCUCACUUGCAAGCUAAUUUGUUUGACCCCCAUUGUUCCCCUUCGCAUAUGAGGAACAAGUUUGACUUAGCUAUUCCCAUGCCUGAUCUAAGAGACAAUAGACACAGGGCAUCACAAAAAGCAAGGCAGCAUAUUCGAUUUUCUCAUGGGUCCUCUGAUACUGGCAGCUCUAAAGGAGAUAACAAAUGGCCACAGAUUAGAUCAAAGUACAUGGCACCUGAAGAAAUAGAAAGCAUUUUGAAGAUGCAAAAUGCAGCAAGCCACAACAACGAUCCUUAUAUAACUGACUAUUAUCACCAAGCUUGUCUUGCAAAGAAAUCAACUGGAAGGCCGAAAAACAAUUUUUAUCCAAGAAGCAUAAAAGACUUGCUUUCUCGGUCACGUGGUAGUAAUGAAUCACAUGCAUCUCUUCAGAUUGAUGCAGCAGGGAAGGUUCCAUUCUCUUCAGUUCGCAGACCUUCCCCUCUUCUUGAAGUUGACAUGCUGCCCCGUUAUGCGGAUGGCUUGUGUGAACAGAAGUCUUCAACGAAGUCCCUUGAGCAGGAGCCACUUGUAGCUGCUAGAAUCACCAUUGAAGAUGGGAUCUACCUUCUCCUUGAUGUAGAUGAUAUUGAUCGGCUUUUGCAGUACAAUCCUCCACAAGAUGGUGGAUCACAACUGAGGCGGAGAAGACAGGUUUCUCUGGAUGGACUUGCAGCAUCACUUAAUCUUGUUGAUCCACUGAGACCUGGUGGAUCUGGUUAUUCUGGUCUUGGUCCAAAGGAUGACAUUGUCUUCCUUCGCAUAGUCUCUCUUGCCAAGGGCCAGAAACUCAUAUCACGCUAUCUUCAACUCCUCAACCCUGGAAGUGAUCUCACAAGAAUAGUCUGCAUGGCCAUUUUCCGGCACUUGAGGUUUUUAUUUGGUGGUUUGUCAUCAGAUUCCAGUUCAUCAGAAACAGUGAAAAUCCUAGCAAAGACUGUUUCUUUUUGCGUGCACAAUAUGGAAUUAAGUGCACUCAGUGCAUGUCUUGCUGCCAUUGUCUGUUCAACUGAACAACCACCUCUUCGCCCAAUUGGAAGUGCUUCUGGUGAUGGAGCCACCAUUGUCAUAAAAUCUGUUCUUGAUCGAGCAACUCAUCUUCUGACAGAUCCUCAUGCUGCAGGCUCUUACAGCAUAUCUAAGCGGACUCUGUGGCAGGCAUCAUUUGAUGCUUUCUUUGGGCUUCUGACGGAAUAUUGUCUGAGUAAAUAUGAUAGCAUUCUGCAAAUGUUACUUGGCGGGGCAUCAAAUAAUGCGGUACUCGGCUCUGAGGCAACUAUUGCAAUAAGAAGGGAGAUGCCUGUUGAUCUCUUACGGGCAAGUCUUCCUCAUACAAGUGAGCAUCAACGCAAGGUUUUGAUUGACUUUGCACAGAAAUUGAUGCCUGUUACAUCUUUUAGUGAACAUGGAAGUAUUAGCUGACCAACAAUCUUGGAAUCUAUUCUUAGUUGAUGCCUUUGAAAAAGAGAAAAUAGAUGGAUAUCAAGAACGGUGUGGUAAAUGGUAUUUCUGUUUUCUCGCAAAAUUGGCUCUUCAAUUAACUGAGCCAUGGUUUGAAUAUUAUGUUGGGCCAAGGAAUUUGUGGGAUCAGGUAACUUCUUUUCUCAUGUUGGUAGUACUCUUAGCUUCAUUGUCUUAAUAGGAGUUGUGCCACUUGUGCCGGGUGGAGUGGUGGUCAGUCUUCAACGAAGAUAAAGAUUGCUUCUCUGGAAGAACUCCAAAAAGAAAUAUCAGAAGUGACUUGAGAGACAAACAAGCACUGUUGUUACUACUUUCUCCCCCUUGUAUUAAAGCAUUUGGGUGGUGGUGGCGCCUAGACCAUGUUAUUUUCAUGCUUUAUUGGUAAGAAGAUUCAUCUAGCCAGUCUUGAGUACAUAACUUGCACUAUGCAAUCGACACCCUUGUAGUUCUUCCUUCAAGGUUACAUGGAUUCAUAAUGGUUGUCUCUUGUUAGUUUUUAACUCUUUUAGAUUGCUUUUUCAUUACGGUUGUGUGAACUGUAUCUGCUCAUUCUCAAUUGAAGCAUCAAAAUUACUUCUUCGACAAACUCUGCGCUUGGAUCAAUGAUUCUUUAGCAGUUAAGAUGUAUGCCAAAUGCAGAAUCAUUGUUGGGAAAGAAGAAGAAACUAGUGGAGUGUGCAAUUUUUGUUGGUUUAAACUCAGGUUCAGUGUGUAUUUUGCAAAAGACAAUAGUGAUCAGCUAGUUUUGUGCUAUUUAUGAUCUCAUAUUUGUCUCCUCUAUCAUCUGUUAUCAGCAAGGGUGCAAUUCUAGUGUACUUCAAAGAAAAUGAUUGAUUAUGCUUAUUCUAAAAGCUAUGGGUUUUGUAA